GCAGGUCCCUUAGGCCCAGCCCGCGAGCCACCGCGCUGGCUCCGCCUCGCCCGGGUUGGGUAAACAGGCCCGGCGGGGAGGGCGCGGCGCGGGACCGCCGAAAGGAUCCUCUGGAUGGGGCUUCUCCCGGGUUCUUGGCGGCAAGCCUGAAGUUCCUUCGCUUCUUGUCUUUGUCUGGGUCCUUGAGCCUGUGUGAAUCAGUGUCUCAGGAGGGCUGGAGGCCUGGAGUCCGUCCCAUGGGCGUUUCUGUGUGUGCGCGUCUCUGGAGCUGCGGAUGCGGGCCUGGCCCUGGGCGCCUGCCGGCCUUACCGCUGUGUCUGUCCUGGAGUCGGAGUCAUAGUGCUGGUCUGCCUGUCCCGGUGCCUUGGGUCCCUUGCUUUGCUGCCAUGGUGUUGUCUGAAGUUUCCGUGGGCGUUUGACAGCUUGUCCCAGGCUUAGGGUCUUGUUCUGGAAUCAGACAGGACGCACCUCCAGCCUCAUUGCUUCAUCCCUCACCCUCGCCCUGGAGGGACCCUCUAUUCUGUCUUCUAUGCUGGGGUUUGGGGGGUACCCGCCAGGGUGGCCUCAGGCAGAGAGGGAUGAGCCCAGGGUCCUGGCAGACUCUCCCUGCUUCAGAUGGGCACUGAGAAUCAAAGGUCUGCAGGAGCCCAGAAUCCAAAACGCGUCUGGCCCCGGAGGCUGCACUGGGAGACUCUGUGCCCAUACCUUCAAUCAUGUCUCCUGGCAUCCCUGUAGAAGAGGAGCUAUUCUUAGCCCAUUUUACAGAUGAGUAAACUGAGGCACAGAGAAGAUAAGUGACCAGUAUGUGGUGCCGCUCGGAUGCUAACCUAGGCGGUGGUGUGUGUGUGUGGCCUCAAGAGACCCGAGCAGGGCCAGCCUCCUCCUGGGCAUAGCACCCCUGGACAGGGGCCUAGAAUGACUAGGGGAGGCUCCUGAGGAAGCCUGAGGGCCAGAGCAUGGCUGGAGGCUGCCUGCUGAUGGCCUGGCUCCCAGGCAUGCAGGGUGGGGCCUCCCGAGGAAAUGGACUGCAGUCCCUGUGCUGAGCUUCUGGGGUAGGUAGGUGCCACCCCAGCUGCUCAUCAGCUGUGUACUUGCCCAGAUGCUGGGCAGCGUGCCAGUCACUCUCCAGCUGCCAUUGUUCCCGAGACCUCCUCCUGCACGCUGAGGCUGGAGUGGGGGCCUUCCCAGGACUAAACAAGCAGCCAUGUGCUCCUGGGUUGGGGGACUCGGAGUAGAGGGAGACCCCUGGAACCCAGAACCCAGAGUCAGCUUUGGGCAUCAGUUUCCUACUCUUGGCCUGGCGCGCUCUGGGUUCUUGGCACCAGGGGCCGGGACUGCCUGGUUCCCCAAGGGCCCAGCUGGUGGGUGACGUCCAGAUGGACCUGCUGGCACAGGCUCAAAGUUUAACUAGCCCAAGCCCCAGGCCCAGCUCACUGACCCAGGUUGUGCAGGAGGGGGAGUCCCGGGUAUGGGAGCCUCUGCCCACCUCCCUGCCUGCUGUCGGAGCUGAUGGAACUUCCUCAAAGAGAUGCCUACCGCCAGGAGGCUGAGUAUCAGGUUACCAAGGAAACCAAGCCAGCCUGGUCAAGGUCUGAAGAAGGACAGAGCCAGCAUUCCCUGAUGCCCCAUGUCAUCCUGCAGUGGGAGCUGGGCUGAGAAGAGUGGUCCUGGUCCUCCAGAGACACCCCCAUCCCAACCUCCCCAAACAGGAUUGACGGUUCUGCUGGGUAUCCCACUGGCUCUGCUGUCCCUGACUAGGGCCAGUGUCCGAGGCCUUGAGAUACUCCCUAGCCUCAAGGCAGUUCACCUUCUGCAUCCAGAGAGGAAGCCAAGGUGGGGACGGCCAGUGCAAGGCCAUGUGUACAGGACACUGUAGUCUGGGCCCCAAAUUAGGACCUGGGCCUGGCCUGUAGUCUCAGGCACUCCCCAGUCCUGGCAGUGGUGUCUGCAGGAAUGACCCCAGCCCAGUUUCUGUUUCCAAAGCAAGUGAGACUGGCCCACUCCAUCCCAGCUUUCCCCCACCCCAGCAGCUCCGCUGUGCCCUAGGGACAAGCUGGAGGUUAGACGUGGAGGGGACUGUUGGGCACCUGUUCUGUGCCGUCUUCCAGCAUGGCUCCCUGGGGCUGUAGGACGUCAUGAUGAGGUAUUUGGGUACAGCUCUGAAAUGGGAGGCGACCCUGUUAUGCAGGGAGAGGAGAGAAUCCUUUGCUGCCUCUGAGCCAGAGAGAUCUGGGCCCCACCCUCUGGAGCUCCCAGUCUGGUCAGAGGGUAUGGAGCUGGCUCCGGGACACGUUGAGACCGGAGGCGGGACUGGAGGGCUGUGUGGCCCUGCCCUGGAGAGCCCAGUGCUGUCUGGACAGUAAGGGACAGUUUCUGUGCAGAAAGCUGGCUCAGGCCUGGAAAGUGGACUCUGGGGAGUGGGUGGGGCAGGAGGAGUUCCGAUAUGUGUUAGGACUGUUUGUCUUCCUGGUUCUGAUCCCUGGCACUUGGGAGGAAAGGCCUGCCCAGAACAAUGGCCGGAGCCAGGCUCUUCCAGGUCUGUGGGGAGGGGUUGGGAUGGCCAGGACAGUCCUGCUUCUGGGCAGGGGCUGAGUCAGGCAGGGGCUGAGUCAGGCAGGGCCGUGACCCUGCUCUGCCUCUGCUUCCUUCCCAGAUGUCGCCACCUGUCCUGGGAGCCUGGACUGUGCCCUGAAGAGGCGGGCACGGUGCCCCCCGGGUGCGCACGUCUGUGGGCCCUGCCUUCAGCCCUUCCGGGAGGAUCCGCAGGGGCUCUGUGUGCCCAGGAGACAGCGCCAGCCUCCGGGUACGGGAAAGCAGGCAUCCUUCCUCCCUCCCCUACCUGAUACAUUCACCCCCAUCCUCAGCUCCCAGGUCUCCUGAGCUUUGUGCGGUGCCAGGGACUCUCACGUCACCCUCCGAGCAGCCUGCUGAUCCUUCCAUGUGGCACUAGCCCAGAGCCGGGUGGUAGGCCGAGGCCUGGGCCACACAGCCCCUCCCAGGGUGAGAGGUAUCCGGUGGGAAGUGCUGAGCUGACCCUGAGGGAGGCAGGGUCAGAGCUCCCAGGCCUGGGUCUCCACAGGGUAGGCCCCAAACCCCCUACUUUGCCCCCCCCACCCCGGGCCACCCCUGCUCUUUGCCCAGCGUUCCUCUCUCCACUGCUUGCUCGUCCUGUCUGCUUGAUUGCACUGGUGGGGCCCUGCCCUCCGACCUGAGCCGAGUCUGUCGGGAUGGUUCCAGCCAGACGCUGAGUGACUUCAGGUGUGAUGGGCAUUACAAAGGGCUGCUGUGGGGGCCGAAGCAUCCGGUGGGGAGGGAGGGCCCUCCUGGAGGAGGAGGCUCCUGCAGCGAGUUGGGUGGAGGCCUGCUGAAGAAGGCACAUGCUCUGCUCCUUGGAUGCUGAGCGAGGGUGUCUACUUGGAGCCUCUGUCUGAACCAUGCAGCCCACGGCAGGGUCAGGGAGGCCCAGCCACCAGCCCUGCCCUGACAGCUGCUCUCCCUUCCUCCUGGUGACCUGGCAGAGGUGGGGGAUAGAGAAUGGGGCCUCUCCCCAUUCCCUGAAGAGUCCUGCCCCUCUUGGCAGAGGAGGUGGUGGGCUGGGUGAUAUUUGGUUCCAGGGCUCUGCCCACCCUUCUGUGGGUCAUGGGUGGGGUAUGGGGCACCCCUGUCCUUCUCUUCCUGGCCUUUGCACAUCCCCUGAGCACCCCUGCCCUCUGCCCACCUUCCUGGGAAUGCUGCAUCAUUCAGUUGUCACCAUGGCAACCGGGAUGGCCAGGAGAUGCAGGGGAGGGCUUGCCCCAGCCCAGACUGGAAGAUGAGAUUGACUUCCUGGCCCAGGAGCUAGCCCAGAAGGAGGCAGGGCACUCCAGGCUCAUGGCCCCACCCCUCGGGCGACAGCAGCUCCUGGAGGCUGCUGCCACCCUGGGGCUCUCAGAGCAUGGCCGGGGCCCCGACCUGGGCCUCUCCUCCACUCCGGGAGCCUUGUCGCCCACACCCCGCACCUCCCUGGGCUCCAUGGUGUCAUCUGGGCCGGUGCACAUGUCCCCACUGGAGCCACGGCACGGUGAUGGCCUCGCCCUCGCGCUGAUCUUGGCGUUCUCCAUGGCGGGCGUGGCCGCGCUGGCCAUGGCGGCUCUCUGCUGGUGUAGGCUGCAGAGGGACAUCCGCCUGACCCAGAAGGCAGACUACACGGCCCCACAGGCACCGGGCUCCCCCGCAACGCCCAGAAUCUCGCAGCCCGGGGACCAGCGGCUGGCUCACAGCGCGGAGAUGUACCACUACCAGCACCAGAGGCAGCAGAUGCGGUGCCUGGAGCGGCAUAAAGAGCCGCCCAAGGAGUUGGAGUCUGUCUCCUCCGACGAGGAGAACGAAGACGGCGACUUCACUGUAUACGAGUGCCCAGGCCUGGCCCCGACGGGAGAGAUGGAGGUUCGGAACCCACUGUUCGACCAUGCCUCGCUGUCUGCACCCCCGCUGCAGUGACCCAAAGGCGGAUACCCACCCUCUCACGGACAUGCUGCCCACUGGUGGGGAGGGGCAGGGCCUGGCGUUUCCCAUUAAAGAGACCCUCUUCUGA